AUAUAAACAUAAUAAGUAAUAUUUUUAUGUUAAAUAUGUUGAGAAAAAAAUACAUAUAUGAAAGUCAACUGUUGAUUGGUAUCGUAUGAGAGACCUAAAGUCAACGAUAUUUCUCACACGAAACGGCAACGUUUAGAUCCAUUUCUAUUCUCGCUUCUAUAUAAAAAGAAAGGUAGUCUAGGUCGCUUAAUUGUUCGAAAAUAAAGAAAUAAAAAGAGUGAGAGAUGGAGAGAUUGUCAGGAGAGAAAGAACAGAGCGUAGAGGCGUUUGGAUGGGCCGCAAGAGACUCCUCAGGCCAUCUCUCUCCCUUUGUCUUUUCUAGAAGGAAAACAGGAGAGGAGGAAGUGAGAGUGAAGGUGUUAUAUUGUGGAAUAUGUCAUAGUGAUCUCCAUUGUCUCAAGAACGAAUGGCAUUCCUCUACUUACCCUUUGGUUCCUGGUCACGAGAUAGUUGGAGAAGUGAGUGAGAUAGGGAGCAAAGUAAGUAAAUUCAAUCUUGGAGACAAAGUCGGUGUGGGAUGCAUAAUAGAUUCAUGCCGCACUUGCCAAAGUUGCCGUGAAGAUCAAGAGAACUACUGCACCAAAGCAGUCGCGACCUAUAACGGAGUUCACCAUGACGGAACAAUUAAUUACGGUGGAUACUCCGACCACAUCGUCGUUGAUGAACGUUAUGCCGUCAAAAUUCCACACACAUUGCCUCUAGCUUCAGCCGCACCUUUGCUUUGUGCAGGCAUCUCGAUGUACAGUCCUAUGAAGUACUUCGGAUUGGCCGGACCGGAUAAACAUAUCGGAAUCGUGGGGCUAGGUGGUCUUGGACACAUUGGGGUGAGAUUUGCUAAAGCAUUUGGGACUAAAGUCACGGUGAUUAGUUCGACCACUGGGAAAUCUAAGGAUGCUCUUGAAACUCUUGGAGCUGAUGGAUUCUUGGUUAGUACUGAUGAAGACCAAAUGAAGGCCGCAACGGGAACUAUGGAUGGCAUAAUUGAUACAGUUUCUGCAUCGCAUUCGAUUUCACCUUUAAUUGGACUACUCAAAUCCAACGGUAAACUUGUUCUACUCGGGGCAACGGAGAAGCCAUUUGAUAUAUCUGCAUUUUCCUUAAUAUUGGGACGGAAAUCGAUAGCGGGAAGUGGUAUUGGAGGAAUGAAAGAGACACAAGAGAUGAUUGAUUUUGCGGCUGAGCAUGGCAUAAAAGCAGAAAUUGAGAUCAUAUCCAUGGAUUAUGUGAACACCGCCAUAGAUAGACUGGCAAAAGGGGAUGUUAGAUAUCGAUUUGUCAUCGACAUUGCUAACACAUUGGCUGCUACUCGAUCUUAAUUAAAGUCGAUCUUCUAUCUAUAUACGUAUUCAAAAUCGUCUCUGGAUUUCAGUCCCACGAAACUUAAGGAUAUAAUAGUCUGUUUUAUAUAAAUGGAGUAUAAUCAAAUAAAUGUAAUUCGAGUGAAUAUGUUUCGAACGAAAAUGACUUACAUUUCCAAAAGCUAUGAAUUUUCAAAUUCAGAGUUUUUUUGUUU